UCGUAUUUUUCGGGAAAAGCAAAUUUGCGGCGCUUGGCUAUAGGUUGAUAACUGCGUGAUUUCUUUUACGGUGAAUUCUUGCGCGUGAAAUUUACGGCUAAAUUAAGUGUACGAGAUGCAGUCGCCAGAUUACUUUGGUUUGGAGAUGCUGUGGAAGUUGGAGCAGGACAAGGUGGCCAAAAAAUCGGAUCUGAUGAUUCUUCUGGUACACUGGUAUUUGAUGAAGAACGGAUUUCGUAAUGUUGGCGUCGGUGAUGAUAAAACACUUGACAACAGCAUUGAACAGAGCGAACUGCUCCCGGAAGGAUGGAACGCAAAUAACGUAUCGUACGCAUUGCGCUACACCAUAAACAACGAGCUGUACAACCUGCACGGAACGCUCUCGAAUGAUACAAUGAUCGUGAAUCUCUUGCAUGCCAAGACACUGCAGGUUUCGAACGUUGUUUUCAAUAUUGACGCAACAAUUCAAUCCUUUCGGGGCGGAAAAGUAUUGAAUCUGAUUGCCAACGUAGAUGAGCAAAUUUCCCGACUGGAUACGGAACUCGUGACGCCAAUGCACAACGUUGUGCCCACACAAAGCUCAGGUACACAAACAGCAACUGUACCGCAAAUCGCAUCAAAUAUUAGCAUAGUUGAAGUGUCACGCAUGCCUGGAAUGCCAAUCAUUGGUCCUGUUGGUAUGGGGGAUCGCGAUCCGAUGGGAGUACUUGGUGGCGGUAUGCUGAUGGAUCCAAUGCGUCCCAGAAUGCCUGGUGCAGGGCAAGGCAUGUUUAUGCCCCGACCACGCAUCGAUCCGAUGGGACCCAACAAUCGCCUCAAUCACUACCCGAAUCCGGAUCAUCUUCCUCCCCCAGGUUAUGAUGACGUGUUUAUGUAAGGGGUAGAAGUCUUCUUGUUGUACUCAUUUUGAUUGAUAAAUAUA